AUAGAGCAAGGGAGAUUACUGCUUAAAUGUUUCGAGUUUUCCGACAAAUACACAAUUUAUGAAUCACUUCCGGUUUAAAUUGUACAAAUAUUUCAAACUUGUUUGGGUGUGACCAAAGAGAAAAAUCGUCAACAUGGCACAAAUGAGUGAAGAUCAGAUGGGUGAUAUCUUGGAGGUUUUUAACCUUUUUGACAACAAAGGGGAUGGCAAGAUCAGUGCAAGUCAGCUGGGUGACUGUCUUCGAUCCCUCGGUCAGAACCCGACAGAGUCAGAGAUCAGGAAGUGUGGCUAUGCAACUAACCCAGAUGCAAGAAUCUCAUUCGAAGUGUUCCUGCCCAUUUUCCAAACCAUCAACCGCAGUCGUGAGCAACACAGUGCUGAAGACUUCACUGAAGGAUUCAAGAUGUUUGACAAGGAACAGAAUGGUUUCAUCACCUCGGCUGAGCUGAGACAUAUACUUACAUGCUUAGGUGAUAAACUGACAGAUGAGGAAUGUGACCAGCUAUUUCAAGGGAUGGAGGAUGCACAGGGCAAUAUCAAUUAUGAAGAGUUUGUCAAGAGCGUGAUGUCUGGUUGAGUCAUGAGGUCAUAGGUCAUCUCCUCCAGUCAGUAGCAAGCAGCUAUAGCUUGUAACCAUAGCAACAAUACAAACAAUGAACAUGUAGCUUUUUUAACAUUGUUGUGCAUGCCAAAUGUAUGUGUCUUCAGUACUAUGUAUCUUAUUGUAUUAAUGUUUAUUAAUUAUAAACGUUUUGAUAACGUAUACACACUUUCUAGUUGACUACACAUUCCAAGUUUGUCUCGGACCAUUUAAAUGGACAAUGUGCUAAGAAUGAUAUAUAUUGCUGAAAUUGAUUUUGCAUUAAAUACUAGAAGUUUGCGUUUGGUUUAAGAUAUUACCAGCAUAAAGAUUUUUACUUUCUAUGUAAGUGUGAUCAUAAUGUAGUUGGAUAGAUGGCAAAAUUGAAUUUUUUUGUUAAUAAAUGUUAGAACAAUCUCUUUUACUUUGUUGGACAUAUUGUGUCAUUUCGCUACUAAAGGCAUCAUAGUAUUUUUGUUAGUGUGAUUGUUCUAAAGAAUAAAGAAUUUUAAUACUG